CUCUCCCUCUCUCUCUCUCUCUCUCUCUCUCCUUUGGUGACUUCUAUCCCUCACUCUCUUUCUCUGUCUCUCACAAACACUGAGGCAAGGCUGCUUAGAUCUGAAACCACAAACCCCAAAGCCCAAGCUCCAAGGACGGUCUGGGACAGGUUUGCAUGAGAUCCUUGUUCACUCAAGUGGUCUUUCUCGCUCGUCAUUAAGGUUAGGUUGUGGUGUUGACGAAUGGCGGUGACUGAUGCACGCAAUCCCCUUCUUGGAGAAUCAACAUGUGGUUCUUUACUGCAGAAACUGCAGGAAAUAUGGGAUGAGGUUGGGGAAAGUGAUGAGGAACGGGACAAGAUGCUUCUUCAGUUAGAGCAGGACUGCUUGGACGUAUACAAGAAGAAGGUUGAGCUGGCUGCAAAGUCCAGAGCACAGCUUCUUCAGGCCUUGUCAGAUGCCAAACUUGAACUUUCCACUCUUCUAUCAGCCCUUGGAGAAAAAAGUUUUAUUGGAAUUCCGGAGAAGACUUCAGGGACGAUCAAGGAACAGCUUGCAGCCAUAGCACCGGCACUUGAACAAUUGUGGAAACAAAAAGAGGAGAGAGUAAAGGAUUUUUCUGAUGUUCAGUCACAGAUUCAGAAGAUUUGUGGAGAAAUUGCUGGAAACUUGAACCUUAACGAUCAGACAGGGACUCCUGCAGUCGAUGAAGCUGAUCUAUCCCUGAAAAAGUUGGAUGAAUAUCAUGCCCAACUUCAAGAACUUCAAAAAGAGAAGAGUGAAAGGUUGCACAAGGUCCUUGAGUUUGUGAGCACUGUGCACGAUCUUUGUGCUGUCCUUGGGAUGGACUUCUUCAGUACUGUUACCGAGGUUCAUCCAAGUUUAAAUGACUCUACUAGUGUGCAAUCCAAAAGUAUUAGUAAUGAUACUCUAUCUAGACUGGCUAAGACGGUCUUAGCACUAAAAGAUGACAAGAAGCAGAGGCUGCACAAGCUCCAAGAGUUAGCCACUCAGCUAAUUGAUCUGUGGAAUCUGAUGGAUACCCCCAUCGAAGAAAGGAGAUUAUUUGACCAUGUUACUUGUAACAUAUCUGCUUCAGUGGAUGAAGUGACUGUUCCAGGGGCUCUUGCUCUGGAUCUGAUUGAGCAGGCUGAGGUGGAAGUUGAAAGGCUUGAUCAGCUGAAGGCAAGCAGGAUGAAGGAAAUUGCCUUUAAGAGGCAAGCAGAGCUUGAGGAGAUAUUUGCCCGUGCUCAUAUAGAAAUAGAUCCAGAGGCUGCUAGGGAAAAAAUUAUGGCGCUUAUUGACUCUGGCAAUGUUGAACCAACUGAAUUACUCACUGACAUGGAUAAUCAGAUAGCAAACGCAAAAGAAGAAUCUCUCAGCCGAAAAGAUAUAUUGGACAAGGUCGAGAAAUGGAUGUCAGCCUGUGAAGAGGAGAGUUGGCUUGACGACUACAAUCGGGAUGAAAACAGGUACAAUGCAAGCAGAGGUGCACACUUAAACCUCAAGCGUGCAGAAAAAGCCCGAAUCCUGGUCAACAAAAUUCCAGCACUGGUUGACACAUUGGUUGCCAAAACUCGGGCAUGGGAAGAAGAUCGUGGCAUAUCAUUUACUUAUGACGGUGUUCCUCUUCUUGCCAUGCUAGAUGAAUAUGCCAUGCUUAGGCAUGAACGAGAAGAUGAGAAACGGAGGAUGAGGGACCAGAAGAAGUACACCGAGCAGCAAAACACAGAACAAGAAACCAUUUUUGGUUCAAGGCCCAGCCCUGCUCGACCUGUUGGCACAAAGAAGGUAGUGGGCCCUCGUGCCAAUGGCGGUGCCAACGGAACCCCUAGCAGACGGCUAUCUCUUAAUGCUCAUCAAAAUGGGUCCAGGUCCGCAGUGAAAGAUGGAAAGAGGGAUAAUACUAGACCAGUUGCCCCUGUGAACUAUGUAGCCAUAUCGAAAGACGAUGAUGCCUCCCAUGUUUCUGGUUCUGACCCGGUUCCGGCUUCACCAUGAUGGUGAUAAGAGAGAGAGAUAUGUAGGUUUACAUCCUCGUGAUGUUACUAUUGUUACUACUUCUAGUUUGUGUUGUAGGAAAUAUGGUCUAUGAAAACAGCGAGUAAAGUUGCAGAUAAAACUGUUUGUAGCGUUGUGUGUGGUACUAACAUUUCCAAGUUUUUUCAAUCAUGUUGCUUUGCCAUAGCCUAUACACAACCUUCCUUGUCGCUA